UUAUUUUAAAAAAUAAAUAAAUAAAUAAAUCUUCAUCUCAUGCACAGGAAGAAGAUAACUAUUCCCUUUCGAGCAUUUAAUUAUUUUCUUUUUCAGAAUCUGAAUCUUCAUGGAUGAAGUUCAACUUCAAGAGCUGCAAUCAGAAACCACAGGAGUUGGUAAUGGAGAGCCAGAAUCAUGUAAUGAGCCUUCAUCUAGCAAUAACAAACAGAAGUUUCCUAAUCUCAUUCAUCUUAAGUGGUGGCUAAGAGUGAGUUGCUAUACAAUCUUUCUCCUCUCAGGCCAAUCUGCUGCAACUCUUUUGGGAAGAUUAUACUAUGACAAAGGUGGCAACAGCAAAUGGAUGGCGACAUUUGUUCAAUCUGCUGGCUUCCCACUGCUACUUCCACUCUUCUUCUUCUUCUUCUUCUUCUCAUCCAACAAAUCAACCACCAUUUCUGUUGCUUCUUUCUCAGAAACCAAACCAAAACUAUCCACCCUUUUGCUUCUAUAUCUCAGUUUUGGCAUACUUCUAACAGGUGACAAUCUGAUGUACUCAUAUGGACUCCUGUAUCUUCCUGUCUCCACUUAUUCUCUUCUCUGUGCAACCCAGUUGGCUUUCAAUGCUUUGUUCUCCUUCUUCUUUAAUUCACAGAAGUUCACCCCUUUGAUAUUCAAUUCCCUUUUCCUUCUCACCAUUUCAGCUUCUCUUCUAGCAGUUAAUGCAGAUUCUGAGAACUCUUCAAGGAUUUCCAAAGGCAAGUAUGCAAUUGGAUUUCUAUGCACACUUGGUGCUUCUGCAACAUACUCUUUGUAUCUUUCCUUAGUGCAGCUAUCUUUUGAGAAGAUUAUAAAGAGUGAGACCUUCUCUUCUGUCCUGGAAAUGCAAAUAUAUCCAUCAAUGGUUGCAACAUGUGGGUGCGUUGUGGGGAUUUUCGCAAGUGGAGAAUGGAGAAGUUUGGAAAAAGAAAUGAAAGAAUAUGAAGAGGGAGAAGUUUCCUAUUUGAUGACUCUAAUUUGGACUGCUAUUACUUGGCAAAUUUCAUCUGUGGGAAUGUUGGGUUUGAUUUUUGAAGUAUCUUCUUUAUUCUCCAAUGUCAUUAGCACUUUGGCUUUGCCUGUUGUUCCUAUUCUGGCUGUUAUAUUUUUCCAUGACAAGAUGGAUGGUGUGAAGAUUAUAGCUAUGUUAAUGGCACUCUGGGGCUUCCUCUCCUAUAUCUAUCAGCAUUACUUAGAUGACAUUAAAUCUAAGGCAAAAGCCAAUGUGAAUAUUGCUGAUUCUCAAUUACAACUUUGUUGAUACUUUGGACAUGAACAACCAGCCUGGGAAAUUUGGUUGGUUUUUGGAACAGAAAGACAAAGUUCAUUAAUACCAAUUUGCAGAUUUUUACCAUUUGUUUCUCAAAA